AUGAACUUCAAGGCGACGAACGCUGACGGGAUGGACGCGGCCCAAAUGGACAACGCCGUCUGUAAGCCAGGUAUCUACACCAACUUCUCCUUGUCGGUCCUCACGCUGUCUGAACGUGCAGCAUUAACUAUCAGCGCUGCCAAAACUCUACAGCAGCUCUCCGAUAAGGUCGUUCCCAUCGACCUGGAUGCUGUCGCUAACGUUGUGGCUCAAACCGGGGCAAGCGUCAACUUCCUCGUCAACUUCCUCGUCAACUUCCUCGUCAACUUCCUCGUCAACUUCCUCGUCAACUUCCUCGUCAACUUCCUCGUCAACUUCCUCGAGACUCCCAUCUCCAAGAGGGAGUUUCAUAACAGGACGUUUCUCGCAGAGACCCCCAAGUGUAGUAUCAUCGCAUUGGGACAGGGGUAG